CAGCACAGCGGCGGCAGCGCUCCCAGGCCAGCCCGGACUAGCCCAGCUCGCUCCGCUCCCCUCCUGGCCAGGCGCGAUGGAGACCGGCGGGUGCCGCAUGGGCACAGCGGAGCCUGGCGCUCCAGCGAUGAUCACGCUGGAGGACCUGGACGGGAUGGCGGAGGAGAGCGCCGACUCGGCAUACCACAGCAACGGCAGCAGCCCGGACGAGGAGGCGGCCGAGCGCAUGGAGGACGAGGAACAGGAGCGGCUGCUGAGCUACUGGCAGAGUGUGGGCAGGGGGCACCAGGUGGACGUGCCCCGCGAAAUGGCAGAGCCAAUUCAGCAGCUGACUAGAAAUAACAGUCCCCAGGAGAGACAGACUAUCCCAUUUACUCUGAUCCAGCGCAAAGAAAAGCUUGGAGAUCUGCUUUAUGAAAAACGUCAGUAUGGAAAAGCCAAAUGGGCUUGUAUAAAAAUGAAAGAGAAACAGUACGAACAGAGCAUAUGCCUCGGAUUCAUGAAGCUGAUGAGAUACAUUUGUGAGCAGAACUCCUCAGGACUGUACUUGGGGAUAACAAUACCCAUUGUGACCAUAGUCCAUACAAAUGAAUCUCAAUCUGAGAUGAGACAGUCAGUGACAGUAGCAUACUACCUGCCCGAACUGCUGCAGGAUGAGCCACCUCAUCCUUUUGACUCUGACAUAAUCAUUGAAGAAUGGCCUUCUACUAUCGUUUAUAGUAGGAGCUUCAGAGGAAUCACCAACGAAGACUCUAUAAUGAGAGAAAUAAACCUGCUGGCGGAAAUUCUGGAGAGCCCUGAAUUAUGCUUGCAGGAUACAUUCAUCAUUGCAGGAUACACAAAUCCAGCUGCUGCCAAUCGGCACAAUGAGAUAUGGUUCCUUCAGAGACCAUAGCCUCCCAUUCCUGAUGCUUGUCAGUCACAAGGUUCAGCUCUGAUUUACUGGCAGAAUCUUACAGGUGAAUUACAGGAGACUAAAUAUCAAACCCUCAAAGAUUUUAUAAUGUGUUUUUUAGCCAGGUUAGCGAGGUAAUCACUCCAACCUGAUAAUUCAACAGAGGUAAACACCCAAAAUACACACACUUUCCCAUGUCUGCUUUUACAGUUUUUACACUAUUUUGAUGGAGAUCUGUAGCACUUUAGAAGCUAGUUCACCAUAUCUUCCUUUUUUUUUUUUUACAAGAUAAGGGAGGCAGAAACCUCUCUCCUUAUCCAUUUCUAGUACCCCUAGACUGCUUGUGGCUUGGGACAGCCCUCGGGAGUCCUUGGCCUGCUGUGGGCACCUGGUACUGCACCAGCCACACAGAGACCCUGCUGCGGCUGCCCAUGUGACACAUAUGAAAACCGCCUCACAUGUGUAGGCUCUGCUUUGGAAAAAGAGCAUUCAGAGCUUCAUUUCAGAAGAGAACUACCAGGUUUAGACCACUGGGAUUACACCAAGGAGUAAGAGUAGGUCAGUGCUGACUGCUUUGAAUGUCUUAAUCUGUGAAGCAGAUAUUCUUGAUGCUUACCUCAAAAAGCAUUCAACCAAAGUAAUUUUAACCUUGAGAAGAGGCUGAGGUAGCAGACUAGACCUAAUGCUCAUGAAAGAUUCGAUAGCAAAGGUUACAGGUUACCCUAAUCACACACUCAGAGUAAUCUCACUAAUGUAUCUGGCAUUCUUAAAUAGAAAGUGGUUACUCCUAACACUUCAGUUUUCUGAACACUUUCUUCUUGCAAUUUUGCUGAAUGUUAAAACACUGCAGCUGAAGUAAUUUGUGCAGUACUUUUUGUGCUCUUCUGGCCAUUCCACACUAUUAAUGUUAUAAAUGACAUAGUAUUUCACAGAAACACACAUGAAAUUCACAGUCUCUGGCAUUGACCUGAUCCAGCCCUCUGCAGAAGAGAGGCCACAGUGCUGCUGGCACAGCAGGCUGCCCAGGGCCUCACAAUUUGAUUUUGAGUAUCUCCAGGGAUAAGGAGCCCAUAACUCCCCUGGGCCCUGUAUUCCAGUAUUUGACCCACCUCACUGUGAGACUCUUUUUCUCUUCCUGAUAGCUAAUUUUUUUGUGUCAUAGCUUGUUUCUUUUACCCUUCAUCCAUAUGGUAAUUCUUCAAGUAGACAACUGCUAGUCUAGCACGCUGUGACUGAAAGACAAGUUCACCAAGUCCUACACGCAUCAGAAGGUCUGAAAAUGGCAUUUGUGCUUUGCUGUUUACUACAGUUAUAGAACACCUCUUAAACUUUAGAAUUAGGGUAGCAAACAGUGUUGCUCCCAGAAAACCUUUCUUAAUGUCUCCCCUUGCAGAUAUGAUGGUAGAGUUUAAUCUUCACACUUCACAAAAGUAAACAUCUUUUUAUAUAAAAACAUUAGUAUAGCAUCAGCAUUACUUGCCAAUUACAGGAUUUAGGCUUUAAAUAGAGCUUUUGUGUUCUUCAGUUACAACACAUACAAAACAGCAACCAGAGCCAGUGUCUGCCAGCCUACAAGACAGUUACAGACUGGAUUUAUGUAGUCCUUUAUGAGGAAGGUCUCAAUAACUUUAAGCCUCCUGGUUCCACAAAGCAUUCUGCUGCACAAAACUGGCUUUAUGCUUAACCUAAACCCACUGGUAGAGCAGCAGAAUCAGAGAGUGCUGGCUGGCUCUGGCUAAGCAUCCCUAAGCCUGACCAAGAUUCCCUCCAGGGCUGCUGCUCACAGAGUCCUCAGGGAGACAACAAGGAGAAGGGAGGGCAUGGACUGGGAUGGAGAGAGAAAAAACCCUUGUUUUUAAUGCAAACAAAGUCUUUGUGCAGAGAGAAAAUUAUUUUUAAAAAGCAAUCAUCAUCACCUUCUUCUGAAGGUCUGCUAUCCCUGACUGUCCAGAUACCCUGCACCAGCCCAGCACAAACACUUGUAUGGCUACAAAUCAACUGGAUGAUAAACUGAUGGGGGGAGAGGAUCACAAAAAUAUCUGUGGGGUUGGGACCUUUCUUAUUCCAAACAGAAAGCUCCCAAAUCUGGUACGCCAGGUGACAGCAUGAAUGCUGUGCCAGUUGUGGCCACAACUAGGAAUCACUUUGUCUGAUGUGACAAUUUAAAUGCACAUCAAAGUAUUUCUUUCUUAAGGACAAGGCAAUGAAGGUAUCUGUCAUGGCUUUUAUCCCUCUCAAUUUAUCCAAGAUACAGAAUCAUAGCUGGGGGAAGGGGAAAAAAAAAUUAAAAACAAAACCACAAAAAAACAAACAAAAAAAUCUAUCAAUCCCCCCACCCCCCCAAAAAAAACAACAAAAAACCCAGACUUCCUUUUCACUAUCUUGAAUUAUUUCCUGCUUGAUUUUUAUUUAUUUUGCUUUUUAUUUUUAACAUUUCCUCAGAUUGUUGGAAAUUCCAGACUGUACUGAUGUUGAAAGAUAAUAAAGUUAAUGGAAAACAACAAGAAGUUUUUUUUAAAAAAUGAUUUGCAUAGAGAGCCCAAGGAGCCAUCAAAUAACAGGUUCUGUUUUGCCCUUGCCCCCCCCAAGGAUUUUUAGAAGAACAAAUUAAAACAAUUUUCAUCUUUGACAAUAUUUUAUGGCAAAUUAAAGAGUUUCUGCAAUUUGAUUGCUUUCACCAGCUAGAGAAAUCAUUUUAAUGCUUUGGCACAUCAAAUAUCAAAUAGUCAUUGAAGUAGCUGAAUCACCUCUCACACUGAUACAGUACAUACAUAUAGUACUAGACUGUAUCUAGUUUACAUUUUAAGCAUGUACUGCAAAAAACAUUUGCUGUAUUUAUGUCUCUUUCCAUAGUCAAUCUUCACCUAAAUACUGUUUUGACUCAGCUACUUGUGGGUAUGUUAUAGACACAUUCUUGUUAGUCAAAUAUAAAAAUAAGGUAUUUAUCUGAAUGUGCUGAUAUCCUAACUGCAGCAAAGUGUUCAAUGUUGUUUUAUGUAAAACUGUGAAUUUCAAGAUAGUAUUUAUUUUGACUUAUGUUAGAUGGCUUCUGCUGCUGAUAAAGAACCAAUUAAUCUCAAGUUUGAAUAUACACUUUAUGACUAUGAAACGUUGUACCAACUUUUGUAACUGGCCUCACAAGCAGGGCACAGUGAAUUGCAGUUUCUAACUGACACACAAUAAAGUUUACUUAACAGUUAAUCCAAUGACUGCCAAGGAAAAGUUACUAUUACUCAAAACCAACAUUUUAGAAAGUUUAAAAACGUCACAUCAAGUACGAUUACCUAACUCCUGUUAUCAGUAUAGGUCUUGUUACCUACCUGUGGCUCUUGUAAGCCUUUAGUUACUGGAUUGUCAUUUUUAAUUUGAACUUAUUAGAGUGCCACCAUUUAAAAGAGAUAACAAAACAGAAUUCACUCAUAUUUUUUGAAGACUAAAUGAUAUAGCCUUAACAGACAAAUGUCCUGCAUACUGUGUAUUUUUCAAACAAGCUUAGUGCCUAAAAAGUUUAUUCCAGCUAUUGUGAUACUCAGGGCCUUGCUUAUUGUAUGUGUACAAAUAUAAAUGUGUUUUUUCUGGCAUUGUUGCAUUGUACUGUUUUACACUGUCCUUUUUCACUGGAAUGUCAUCUUGUUUACUGUUACUGUUUGUCAAAAUUAAAGAUAAUCUCAUUGUGCAGAGUA